AUGUCGUCCUUCUCGCGCGCUUUCAUGCGCACCUCGCGGUGUGCUCUGCGAUACCAGAGGGGCGUAAACCCGGUGCAGCAGGCAUGGAGCGGCAACCAGAUCAGGAACUACGCCGCUGCUUUCUCCCGUGACAAGCCUCACGUAAACAUCGGUACUAUUGGUCACGUCGAUCACGGAAAGACUACCCUCACAGCUGCCAUCACAAAGCGACAAGCCGAGAAGGGCUACGCAAAGUUCCUCGAAUAUGGCUCCAUCGACAAGGCCCCUGAAGAGCGAAAGCGCGGUAUCACCAUCUCCACAGCACACAUUGAGUACUCGACCGACAACAGGCAUUAUGCCCACGUUGACUGCCCGGGCCACGCCGAUUACAUCAAGAACAUGAUUACGGGUGCGGCGAACAUGGACGGUGCCAUCAUUGUUGUUGCCGCGUCGGACGGACAGAUGCCCCAGACCCGUGAGCAUUUGCUGCUCGCCCGUCAGGUCGGUGUCCAGAAGAUCGUUGUCUUCGUCAACAAGGUCGAUGCUAUUGAGGACAAGGAGAUGUUGGAGCUCGUCGAGAUGGAGAUGCGCGAGCUGCUCACCUCGUACGGCUUCGAGGGUGACGAGACCCCCAUUGUUAUGGGCUCUGCGCUUUGCGCCCUUGAGGGCCGCGAGCCAGAGAUUGGCCAGCAGAAGAUUGACGAGCUCCUUGAGCAGGUCGACUCCUGGAUCCCCACACCCCAGCGUGAGACCGAGAAGCCCUUCCUCAUGGCCGUUGAGGACGUCUUCUCCAUUGCCGGUCGUGGAACCGUCUGCUCUGGCCGUGUCGAGCGUGGUAUCUUGAAGAAGGAUUCCGAAGUGGAGCUCGUCGGCAAGGGUGUCGCACCCAUCAAAACCAAGGUCACCGACAUCGAAACGUUCAAAAAGUCUUGCGACGAGUCGCGCGCUGGUGACAACUCUGGUCUGCUCCUCCGUGGAGUCAAGCGCGAGGACGUCCGCCGCGGUAUGGUCGUCGCCGUCCCUGGAUCCGUCAAGGCACACAAGAAGUUCCUCGUCUCCAUGUACGUGCUGAGCAAGGAGGAGGGUGGUCGCCACACCGGCUUCGGCGAGAACUACAGGCCCCAGAUGUUCAUCCGAACGGCCGACGAGAGCUGCGCGCUCACCUGGCCUGAGGGCGUCGAGAAGGACAAGCAGAUCAUGCCUGGUGACAACGUAGAGAUGGUCUGCGAGCUGCACCAGCCGCACGUGCUUGAGGCUGGCCAGCGCUUCAACAUGCGUGAGGGUGGACGCACCGUUGCCACUGGUCUUGUCACCCGUGUCCUCGAGUAA